AUGGACGAGCCCGUCAGUCCGCGCACUAGCGCCGAGCCCGGCAUUCCGCAGUGUUGUUGCGGCCGCACCGACUGCGCAUUCCUGAGCCACAACGGCGAGCUGCUCGAGAGCCUGGAGCGCGACGUCCAAACCGCCGCCCAGCUUGGCCAGGCCCUGCUCCAGCGUCAUGAAGCAUACAUCGCCGACAGCGAAGCCGAGCGCCGUCGCAUGGCCGCCAAAAUAGAGUCUCUCGAGCACGAAAAGGCCGACCUCGAGGCCCGCAACGCGAAGACGGUCCAAGAGAAUCGCGCCCUGCUGGACCAGCUCGAAGCCAUCAACAAUGCCGCCACCGAGACCGACGCGCACUGUCACGAGCUGACGGCCGCGCUGAUGGAGACGCAGGAGGAACUGCAGCGCAUGACCAACCUCGCAUCCCGCACCGAGAGCCUGGAGAGACAGCUCGCCGAGCUUGAGCGCGAGCAGCAGGAACUGCAGAACAAGCUGAGCAACACUUCGUACGAUGAGAAAUCCGCAGUCCGCCGCUGGAGGAAGGCCGAGCAGACCAUUGCUGCCCUGACGGAGCAGAUGGAGCGCAUUGAGAAGGAGGCCAAGGAGGAGCGCGAGCGCCAUGUCGAGGUCGUCAGCCGCAUGGAGAGACGUCGCGCUGUGGAGCGCGAGCUGGAGACAGCCGCGGGCAGGCUCAAGGGCGCUGCCGCCGCGAAAGCCAGUGGCCAUGACAAGACGGGCACCAACGUCGUGUCGCACUUCGUCAAGGACAUCCUCCAGGACAACGCAAACCUACAGCUCGGCAUCGUCGAGCUUCGCGAGAUGCUCAUGAACUCGAACGACGAGGUCGAGAGGCUGAGAGAGCAACUUCUGCUCCACCAGCCCAUGAGCGAGGCUUCGGAAGACCCCAGCGGACCAAGUCUCCAGAAAGAGUUGGGUCUAGAGUCGGAAGAGCCCCAGGAGCCGCCGGAGCCGCCGGAGCCACAAGAAUCGCAGGAAACCCCCAAGGAGCCACGCCAGCUCCACGUCCACCAUCAUUAUCACGCCGCCCCUACUGCUUCCAAGGAUCCCAGAAAGGGCCACCUGCAGCGCAGGUCUUCAAAGAAGAGGCGAAACGUUGCUGCCCCGAGCCACUUCGCACCCCCUCCGGGAAUGCACACCCCUCGCUCUUCAAUCUCCAUGCCUCGACCCACGACUCCCUGUUCUGCCGCUACUAUUCUUUCGCAGACUGCUGUUACCAUUCCUAGCACCGUCAAAGGGCACGCCCAUCGCUGGUCCGUUGCAAGCCACCAGACGGGCGUCUCCAUGGCCCCGUCGUCGGUGCCCAGCUCCCCUUACUCACGACGCACAUCAUCCAUUUUUGAUCGCAUGUUCAGCGACGCCGGUCCUGAUGAUUCUUCACGACCCACGAGCCCCGAGAGCAACAAUGACCCCGGAUCGCCCAACUUCGCACCCAUCUCUACCCGCGGAAAGGGCCCGGCCAGGACCCUCACCACACCGGCAGCAUUCAAGCUCCACGCCAAAGCUGCGCCAUCCAUCGAGGUCAGCGCGACGGCAUCGUCGCGCAUCUCAGAGGAGGAGCUCGACAGUCUGGCACCAAUCUGUCAAGAUGUCAUCACCGAGGAACACGAGACGGCGUCGGACGCCGACGUUUCGGGAAUCGACAUGUCAACGCCCGAAGCGCAGAGUUCCCAAACGAGCGACGAGGUGUACACGAAUGGCCAGAUCGGUCACGGUCUGCGCCGUGCCACAUCGCACGAGUCUCUCCUCUCGGUGCGGGGCAUGGACAUGUCGGUGCAUGCACGGCCGUCGUUCAUUGCGCCCAACAGCCCCUCAUCUCAGGCGAUGGCUAGCCUUAGCAACAUGGUCGCGCGGCCGAGCAUUUCCUAUCGCCACGACCAAGACGCUAGCGCGGCGCACCGCAGCCUGCUCGCGGGCUUCACUGCGGAUCAGCGCAGCGGUGGGCAGAGUUCUCGGCCCAACAAGCAGAGCAAUUCGGGCGGAGGCAUUGGCCGCAAGGUGGGCGGAUGGGUUUUUGGCAAGUGGGGCUUCGCGCCCACACCGACUCGCGGCGCUGAAGCCACGGGUGCAGACGCUGCUGCCAGCACAUCAACCACGACUUCGCUGUCGCCCAACGCGCAGGCUCCGGCGACGCAGGACGGCCGUGCGAGCAGCUCCAGCACGACGUCGUCGGCGGAUUCUUCGUCGACGGCGGCCACCCAAGUGCCGUCGGCUUCUGGAAUGGCGCCCCGGCGGUCCAAGUCGCACCGGCACCGCACGCCCGGCAUCAACCAGGCCGGCCCCAUCCAAGGACUCGGCCCGUCGAUGAAGGCGCCGUUCAAGGUGGUGGUCAAGCAAGACGAGGUCGACGUCGACGCGCUGAGGGAAAGCCUCGCUGAGGCCGGCGACAGCCCUGUUCGCACGACGGAGCCGCAGAUCAGGAUCGAGCCGCCGUCGGAAACUACGGCAGCCGGUGCGUGA